AAGAAGAUGCAAGAUGGCGGUUAACCUGUUGACUGCCGCGGCCCUGCUCGCUGCAGCUCCGCUCAUCACAGCACAAGAUGCUAACACCGCAGGCCAUGAUUGCUCUUACAUGCAAGCCAUACCGCGGCCGGAGCGGCCUAGCGACUGGCCUACCUUUAACUUCGACGGCAUGGAGUGGGCGACGCGGCCGCUGCUGCCAGCGCCGGACCGGCUGGACCUGUGCAUGGACCAGUACUACCCCCAGUCGGCCACCUCCGGCAUCCAGCUCAUCUUCAUGGACGAGGAUGUGGAAGGAGAAAUCGCCAUCGCAAAACUGAACUAUCAAGGCACUGAGACACCGGUGAUGCACUUCACGUCGGGCCGCAACGCCCUGCUCGGAGCCGUCAUCAGGCAGGAUGAAGUCGGGGAGUGGUACAUCUACGUCACGCAAAGCCAAGACUUCGAGGAAGGCAUGAUCUACUAUUUGUUCGAGAUCCACGUGGAAGACGAGGACCUGGUGGCCAGCGUGGCGCUCACCAUCGUCAACAUCGACAACAAGCCGCCAAGGAUUGAGGCGUUCGAUGCCUGCCAAGUCGAUGAACUAGGCGACGCCCGCUUGACGGAGUGCGUGUACAACGUGCACGACCCUGACGGGCAGAUCAGCACCAGCGUGAUGGCCUUCGAGAUCGAGAGCGACCGCGGGGACGAGGACAUCUUCUACAUCGAGGGCCACGUCAACUCCAGCGACUGGUUCACCAUGACGAUGACGAUCGGCAUCCAGCAGCCGCUGGACUUUGAGGCCAAUGCGCUUCACAUCUUCACAGUCAAUGCCCUGGAUUCCGUGCCAAACAUAGGCCCCGCAUCGUCGGCAUCGAUAAUGGUCCAGGUCCAGAACGUGGAGCACCGCCCGCCGCGCUGGGUGGAGGUGUUCGCCGUCCAGCAGUUCGACGAGAAAACGGCCCAGGAGUUCACCGUCCGCGCCAUCGACGGCGACACCGCCAUCAACAAGCCCAUCUACUACGACAUCAUCACCGAGGAGGGAGACGAUUUCUUCUCAAUAACGACGCUGGAGGGCGGGCGCGACGGCGGCGUCCUGCACGUGGCGCCCAUCGACCGUGACGCGCUGCAGCGCGAGGUGUUCCGUCUCACGCUGGUCGCCUACAAGUAUGAUAACAGGACGUUCGCAACGGAAGCGAACGUGGUGAUCAUCAUCAACGACAUCAACGACCAGUUCCCGGAGCCGAUGCAGGAGGAGUACCGCCUCAGCAUCCCGGAGGAGACGCCGCUCACACUUUACUUUGGAGACCAGCAGUUUGGCUUCCACGAUCGGGAUCUGGGUGAAAACGCCCAAUACGACGUGCGGCUGGUGAGCGUGCACCCGGAGAACGUGGCGUCGGCGUUCUACGUGGCGCCCGAGGUGGGCUACCAGGAGCAGACCUUCAUCAUGGGGACCGUCGACCACGCUAUGCUGGACUAUGAGGUCCCGGAGUUCCAGCAUAUUGAGAUUCAAGUCGUAGCAACUGACAGGAUGAACUCGUCGCUGCAAGGCGUCGCCACGGUCUACAUCGACCUGAUCAACUGGAACGACGAGGAGCCGAUCUUCGAAGCAGAUUCCCACACAGUGACCUUCGAGGAGACAGUCGGAGCGGGCUUCUAUGUCACCACCGUCAGGGCCAACGACCGAGAUAUUGGGGACAGAGUUGAGCACUCUCUGAUGGGAAACGCUGCGGAGUUCCUGAGCAUCGACGAGGCGACGGGCGCCAUCAACGUCUCCAUCGACGACGCCUUCGACUACCACCGGCAGAACGAGUUCUACAUUCAGGUACGAGCAGUGGACACCCUCGGCGACGGCCCCUACCACACGGCCACCAACAUGCUGACCAUCAAUAUUCUGGACAUCAACAACACGCCACCGAGCCUUCGGUUGCCCCGCGGCAGUCCCCAUGUGGAGGAGAACGUCCCGGAAGGCUACGUGAUCACCACGGAGAUCACGGCCACGGACCCCGACACCACGGCCUACCUGCGCUUCGAGAUCGACUGGGAAACCUCCUACGCCACCAAGCAGGGUCGGGAGACGCCUGCCAUCGAGUUUCACAACUGCGUAGAGAUCAUCACCGUUCACAACGAAGACAACACAGGCGCGGCGAACGGCCACCUCCUCGUGAAGGAGAUCCGCGACAACGUCACCAUCGACUUCGAGGAGUUCGAGGUGCUGUACCUUACCGUGCGCGUCGUCGACCAGAACACCUACAUCGGGGACGACUCCGACGAGAUGACCUUCACGAUCAUAAUCGUGGACAUGAACGACAACUGGCCGAUCUGGUCGGAGGGUUCGCUGGAGCAGAGCUUCCUGGUGCGCGAGAACGCCACCAGCGGCGUCGUCAUCGGCUCCGUGCUCGCCACCGACAUCGACGGCCCGCUCUACAACCAAGUGCGCUACUCCAUCCAACCAAUCCGUGACACCCCGGAAGACCUUGUGAACAUAGAUUUUCGCACAGGCCAGCUAACAGUCGGGCUGAACCACGCCAUCGAUGCGGACCUCCCGCCGCGCGAGUACCUGUACUACACCGUGACCGCCAGCGACAGGUGCACCGAGGAGGACCCCGAGGACUGCCCGGACGACCCCACCUUCUGGGAGACGCCGGGAGAAAUAUCGAUCUACAUCACGGACACGAACAACAAGGAGCCGCAGCCGGACUACACGCAGUUCCAGGUGGAGGUGGAGAUCUACGAGGACGCCGGCGAGGGCUCCGAGGUGGUGCAGCUGGUGGCCGCCGACCAGGACAGAGAGGGUGAGCUCACCUGCACCGCUCACACAUGUAGCACUACCAGCAGCUCCAGGUCGAGGUGGAGGUCUACGAGGACGCCGGCGAGGGCUCCGAGGUGGUGCAGCUGGUGGCCGCCGACCAGGACAGAGAGGUACUACCAGCAGCUCCAGGUCGAGGUGGAGAUCUACGAGGACGCCGGCGAGGGCUCCGAGGUGGUGCAGCUGGUGGCCGCCGACCAGGACAGAGAGGGUGAGCUCACCUGCACCGCUCACACAUGCAGCACUACCAGCAGCUCCAGGUCGAGGUGGAGAUCUACGAGGACGCCGGCGAGGGCUCCGAGGUGGUGCAUCUGGUGGCCGCCGACCAGGACAGAGAGGGUCGAGGUGGAGGUCUACGAGGACGCCGGCGAGGGCUCCGAGGUGGUGCAGCUGGUGGCCGCCGACCAGGACAGAGAGGGUGAGCUCACCUGCACCGCUCACACAUCCAGCACUACCAGCAGCUCUAGGUCGAGGUGGAGGUCUACGAGGACGGCGGCGAGGGCUCCGAGGUGGUGCAGCUGGUGGCCGCCGACCAGGACAGAGAGGCACUACCAGCAGCUCCAGGUCGAGGUGGAGGUCUUCGAGGACGCCGGCGAGGGCUCCGAGGUGGUGCAGCUGGUGGCCGCCGACCAGGACAGAGAGGGUGAGCUCACCUGCACCCACUACCAGCAGCUCCAGGUCGAGGUGGAGGUCUACGAGGACGCCGGCGAGGGCUCCGAGGUGGUGCAGCUGGUGGCCGCCGACCAGGACAGAGAGGCGAUUUACCACACGGUCCGCUACCAGAUCAACUACGUGAUCGACCCGGACCUGCGGCGCUUCUUCGCCGUGGAGCAGGACACCGGGCGCGUGUACGUCGACUUCACCACCGACGCCGUCUUGGACAGGGACGGAGACGAGCCCACUCAUAGGAUUUUCCUCAAUCUCAUCGAUAACCUGUUCUCCGAAGGAGAGGGCUCCCGCAACACCGUGGCCAUCGAGGUGCUGGUGAUCCUGCUGGACGUGAACGACAACGCGCCGGAGCUCCCCUCACCCGACGAGACCAGCUGGACCAUUUCAGAAGGCCUUACUCAGGGUGUGCGCUUAUCUCCCGACAUCCACGCGCACGACCGCGACCAGCCGUUCACGAACAACUCGCGCGUGGCGUACGAGGUGGCGGGGCUCCGCGCCGUGGACCGCGACCUCGACGUGCCCGACCUGCUCACCAUCGUCACCGUGCCCGACGAGGAGCUGUGGGAGUUCCACGGGGAGCUGGAGACGGCCAUGGACUUGAGGGGGUACUGGGGCACCUACGAGAUACGUAUCCGGGCGUACGACCACGGCGACCCGAUGCUGGACUCCUACGAGUGGUACCAGAUCUCCAUCGCGCCCUACAACUUCCAUGCGCCUGAGUUCGUGUUCCCUCUCACCGGCACUACUGUGCGGCUUUCAAAGGAGCGGUCAGCCAACGGCCCCCUGGUGACGGUGGCGGACACUUUCCUGGAGAGCUUGCAUGCGACGGACGAGGACGGGCUCCACGCCGGCGAGGUGGAUUUCUCCGUGGUGGCCAACGCCGACGCCGUACAAUAUUUCGAGAUCGAUAAUCUCGGAGAUAACAGAGGCGACCUGAGGUUGGCGCGCACCUUCGAUGAAGACGUCAGGGAGUUCCAAGUAACGAUCAGAGCGACGGACCGCGGCACGGACCCCGGCCCUCAGUCUACGGACACCAUCCUGAACGUGGUCUUCGUACCCUCGCUAGCUGAUCCUACCUUCGCAACUGAUACCGCCACUGUUGCGUUCAUGGAACAAGUAGUGAAUGUAGAAACCCAGCAGCUUCCACUGGCAGAGGACUUGAAGAACUACCGCUGCGAAGACGACUGCUACCCCAUCUACUACAGGAUAGUUGAAGGCAACAGUGAAGGUCAUUUCGAGCUGGACGCGUCGACGAACGUGUUGUCGGUGGUACGAGCUCUAGACCGAGAAGUAGCCCCGUCCCACCAGUUGGUGGUGGCCGCCAGCAACUCGCCCACCGCCACGCCCACCCAGGGCUCCCUGAUCACCGUCACCGUCAAUGUUCGGGAAGCGAACCCGCGGCCGAUCUUCGUGAGGAGGCUCUACACCGCCGGCAUCUCAACCCUCGACACCAUCGGCAGGGAACUGCUGACACUGCAGGCGAGCCACUCUGAGAACGCUCCUCUGACGUACGAGAUCGACUCGGCCAGCAUGCAGGUGGACGGCAGCCUGGAGACGGUGCGCGAGCUCGCCUUCCAGCUGAACCAGCAGACCGGCGUGCUGACGCUGCAGAUCCAGCCCACCGCCAACAUGCACGGGAUGUUCGAGUUCGAUGUCGUGGCCACAGACCCUGCCGGAGAGACUGACAGGGCGGAGGUGAAGGUGUACCUGAUUUCGUCCCGGAAUCGCGUCUCCUUCAUAUUCGUUAACACGGUCGAGGAGAUCGAAGCCAACAGAGACUUCAUCGCGGAGACGUUCUCGACGGCGUUCGACAUGACGUGCAACAUCGACCAGGUGACGCCGAACACCGACGACAGCGGCGUCGCGCUCGCCGACCAGACCGACGUGCGCGCGCACCUCAUCCGCGACGACAUACCCGUGCCCGCCGAGGAGAUCGAGUACAUUCGCGCCGACACGCAGCUGCUGUUCACGAUCCAGAUGGCACUGCGCACGCAGGAGCUUCAGCUCCUGGACUUCGUCACGGACCUGAGCCCCGAGGAGAGCUCCGACGCCAGCCUCAUCACCAUCUACGUCCUCGCCGCGCUGUCGGCCGUGCUCGCCUUCCUCUGCCUGCUGCUGCUGCUGACCUUCAUCGUCAGGACGAGGACCCUAAACCGUCGGCUGGAGGCGCUGUCGAUGACCAAGUACGGCUCCGUGGACUCGGGGCUGAACCGCGCCGGGCUGGCGGCGCCCGGCACCAACAAGUACGCCACGGAGGGCGCCAACCCCAUCUGGAACGAAACCUUCAAGGCCCCGGACUUUGAUGCCAUCAGCGACGCGUCGGGCGACUCUGACCUCAUCGGCAUCGAGGAAAUGCCGCAGUUCCGCAGCGACUACUUCCCGCCGGGCGACACCAGCUCGGAGCAAGGCUUCGGAGAACCGGUGGGAGUCCACCGGGAGCUGCCCACCCACAGUAACAACUUCGGCUUCCACGCCAGCCCCUUCAGCACGGACUUCACCGACCGCCAGUUCAGGAGGAACUGA